AUGCCCAGAGCGGUGAAAGAAAUCCACCAAUCCACAGGCGUCCUAAUCGAAUGCGACCCCUCCAUCAAAGCCAUAAUUCUCAAGAUCGAUAAGGAUUCUGGUCACGGGUAUAUUGUCGAGGACCUCGACGAUGAGACGCUGGUGGUGAAGGAGCCGAAGCUGGCGGAGCUGAAGUUGCGGCUGGAGAAGAUUCUGGAGAGAACGCAGAUGCUGGAGAAGGAUGAGGAGAGCGACCCUGAGAAUCCGGGCUAG